UACAUACACAUUUCCUGAAAACGCCCCGUGCAGGGAAAAAAAAAAAAAAAAAAAAAAAACAGAAAGAAAGAAACAUACUCGAGUGACUCUGAGCUGUAAUAAUAAGGCUGUGUUGUUUAUCUUAAGAAGAGGGGCUGGACAUUUGCUCAUUUGUGCUGUGGACUUUCUAUCUUUCCCUUUACUCCUCAUCUCCAUACUUUGGAGCAGUUUUCAGUCUGCCGCUGGAGUCUCGCACAAACCGCCGCUCCGCCGACCAAGGUCAGCGACAGUGACCGCCCACGAGAGCUGUCAUCGCGGCACUACAGCUCUGUGGGCGCCGAGAGCUUUCUAACUCCAAACGGGGCUAUGUAAUGCGCACAAUCUCGGGGACCGGACAUUUAUGGAUGUGGAGGAAACCGUUCAGUUUCAGAGGAUUAAACGGAUUCGAACAACUUUAACCAAACGUCAACUAUAAAGUGACAAAAGUUCACCAAAAGUGACACCAUGUUAGGAAACCCAGGGACUUACGCGAACAAGAAGAGGAAGAAGCCAGUUCUGAAACAAAAGAAGGCUUCAGAUGGGAACGAUGUGGUCAAGUCCAAUCCGUCCAAGCGCCAUAGAGACCGGCUUAACGGAGAGCUGGAUCGCCUCACCGAACUGCUGCCGUUCCCAGAGGAGGUGCGCUCCCGGCUGGACAAGCUGUCAGUGCUGCGCCUCAGUGUGGGCUACCUGAGGGUCAAGAGCUACUUCAAAGGUACAAGGCUCAUGCUGUUGUAUCAUAGCAACAUCAUUCAUUAAAAGUGCACUAUAAGAGAGGGGACAAGAUCAAGUUGCCCUGAGACUGUACGCACAUGGGAAAAACAAAGAUUUUAUCAUCUGUUUUUACACUUACCACGGGCAUGAAAGGGCCUUGCUCAGCCUCUAGAAAGUUGGGUAUUUUUAAGCAAAAAACUUCUCCACAUAGAGACUCUGUCCCAGUUUGUAUUUCGUAGUGAUAGGGCCAAUAUUGAUACAGGUGAUCAGUGCUUAAGUUGGUUAAAAAAGAUUGUGAAAUAAUAUGAUCAAAUACAGUAUAUGCGCAAAGAAUUCACCCGCGAGCAGAGCAUGCAGUGGUUUCCACUCUUGAACAUCCUUUGAAAAAGAUCCACAAAGGGAUAUUUAGGCCAUCUUCAUUCAUAAGUUAGUUUAAAGUAAGAAAGAAAGAGAGAGAAGUGCUCCUCCUCCUCUGUGUCCCUCAGCAUUGUGCGUGCAUAGAGCAGCAGCAGUGGGGGAAAAGCUGCAGCGACAUAGAGAACAGCGGAGCAGAUCCAGGUUUAGUCUAGUCCUUUAAGUAAUACAAAUUAAGAGUAAAAAACACAUUGUACAUUUAGUAUAUUGUAAUAAUCAGUAGUUAUGUAUGUGGGGAUUUAGACAGCAGGACUGGUGUUUAAAGCAUGUUCAAUGCAUUUAGGCAAUUUAAAAAGAUUUAAUGAAAACUACUUAAUUUGGUAAUUUUUAUAACUUCAUCAACACAUAAAAUACAUUCACAGCACACUCUAUAAAAAAAUUUGACCAGUUUAAAAUCAUGUGCACCCUAUCUCGCGUCUCAUCUCGUCUCACCCCUAUACACUAUGUAUGUUUUCUGGUGGAGAGUACAUCACCUGGAAAGUGCCACA